UGAGCAAAUGACGUUACUGUGGAAACAGGUUUUUCAAUAGGCAGGCGAUCUGUUAUUGAAGGAUAAUAAAGGGGUGCACUUUCAGCAUUACGUAGAUUCGUAGAAGCUAUAAAAUACACUCUUCCCAUUCAGCUUCUUUACUUUGAAACACAGAGAAAGAAGGACUGUUUGCCUUUAUUAUUUACCUUGAGAUGAACACAUUGUAAUGGCGCUGUCUAAAAGCAGGCAUAUUCUGAAAAAAACUAGAGGCAAGGACCAUCAUUGGUUUGAAAGAUACAGUCAUUGGUUGCCAUUUAGUGUUCACAUUAUUCAAAGCAGCUAAGAAGCAACUACAGAUUAAGCAUCGCAAAUCUGACCACACUCAUUGAGCAGUAAUCAAGAUCUGGAAUAUCAGAAGAUCAUAACCAACACCAAGCCCUUACAAGAGGCAGCAGGACAAAAGGACCACAAAAUAAUAUAUGAAAGGAUGAGGUGAUAGUCGACAAGAACAGAGAUGACAUUUCAACAGUUCCAAUUAAUCUGCGAUUUUUAUUACCUUUUAAACAAAGCUGCCCAUUGGCAAUAUGAGAUUUUAGAUCGGCUUUCUAUUAAAGAUGCCUUGUGGAAUGAGACACCUAUGAAGGAAAGCAACAGAAGCCAGAUGGUAUACAUUAGCCUUCUAUGGAGAAGACAGAACCAUGCUCUUUUAUCUCAGGUGUCACCACACAAUCCAGAGGACUGGCUAGAACUUGCCAAACUUUCUAGCCUACUUCCAGAAAGCUUAAGGAAAAAAGGGAUGCACUUGUCUUCUAGGUGUCUUCUGCUGUGGAAUAUUUUGACGAGCAAAUCUGGACAAGUCCAUCAAAGUGACUUACAGCAACUUAUAUCCUUGAAGAACACUAUUUCCAAAGACCCUGCCCUAGAGAUAACUUCUUUAGAUCAUAGUACAUAUGAUUUCUCAGUAUUUCCAGCGAAAACUCGUUGUGACCUGAAAACUUUACCACAUGUUGGGGUUCAACAAACUGCCCCUGUGGAACAUUUAAGAAAUAAUGAACCUAGUCAGUCUAUACAUGAUUUAAUAAAUCCAUGGCUGAGCUUACCACUUGCCAACUUUUCUAAUGGACCCCAACAACAUGUUAAAAUGGAAUAUAGUGCCAAGCAAGCUAUAAACACAUUUGAUCAGAUGUAUGCUACAAAACAGAUACCUGACAAUCAUAACCCUUAUUUUAAGUCCAUUGGUGUCCAGGCCAUUGUUUGCAAGCCUAUAGGAACUAGAAAAAACUGUGGAAUCCAGACCGACAGUUGCCAGUCCCUCAGUUCCACAGAUGAGAUAAUAGAACAUUACCCAAACAAAGAGGACAUCUUUCAUAGCUUAACUAAACAUUUUUGUAAAAUAGGUGCCCAUUCAAGAACUGUUUUGAACCGUUGCCAUUCUGAGCACUCCAAUUGCAAUCGACUAAUAUACAGGGAAGAAGAAGUCCUCUGCAAUAUCGAAGAGCUGCUGAGACGUGCUGAAGCUAUACUUCAGGAGGAAGAAGAUGUACUUAAUCAAAAAAAAUCUAACACCUUACCACAUGACCAGCAACACCUGCCAGGAUACCACGACUCUCAAAAUAGCAUAGGAGUGGAUCAAGAAUACGCUUUUCUAGAAAAAAAAAGAUGCUUGGAUUCAGCUCAUCCAGAUACUACCAAAGAAUACGAUGAAGGCUUGAACAUGAAAAACCAAAGGCAUCUGUGUAACAUCAUCCAGGAACUGGAAAAAGUAUAUACCAUUGAAGAGUGCAUUAUGGAGGAAAACCAAAAGAUAAGGAAAUUCCAGGAACUGAUGCAAUGGGAGCUUAUUGACGAACAGCAGACUUUUUAUAAACAAGUGAAAGAAAAAGUUUUUUGUUUUAAGUCACUUGAAAGAGAAGUACGUCAGGUAGAAAACCUGGAGAAAAAUUUGCCAAGGGAGGAUGCAAAUAAGCACAAACUAAAAGAGUAAAUGGACAAAAUAAAAAAAUACUGCCAGAGCGUAGUCAAGAACAUAAGAUUGCAUACAGAGUCGUAGUGCCGCCAUUUUAAAGAAGCAGAACCUGAACUUGCUACAACAACUAGCGUAUAUGUCUAUGAGCCUGUCUAUAAACCAGACUAAUAUGGGAGAGCUGGGUCUAGUUGCUAUGCCUGGCUAAGACCUUUUCUGAACUAGUAAUAGUCCCAUACAUCUGUGAAAACAUGCCCACUCUAUCCAGUAGUAUCAGGCCUAAUCUGAAGACUAUUACUUCAUGUAUAUUUCCUGCACCCAAUAGGUGUUCUCUUUUAUAUCUACAGUAAUAAAUGCAAAUUUCAGCAUAUUCGUUUUAAAUCAUAAAAACGUAGGAGUUAUUAUACAGUACACAAAAGUACAAAGUGUGAGACACAGUGUAUGAUAUACACGUCUAAAACAGACACAAUGGUGAUCUAUGGGUUAAUAAGCAUGUAGUGAAACAAUACACAUAACCGUAAAAGUGAAUAAGUACAGUAUGGUGUGUGUCUAGUAUAUCCAAAACCACCUUAAAUAUUAUGCAUAUAGCAAAAAUGCAAAUGACACAAAAACAAAUGUGAAAAAUGAAAUGUGAAAAUUCAGUACAACAAGGUAUAUCCAAAAUGCAAAAUACCUAGGAUAAUAUACAUAUAACAAAAAUAUGCAGAUGCCACAAAACAAAUAUAAACAAAUGAGAUGUAGAAAUCCACACUAAAUGAAUGAAAUGAACUACAGGGUUCUGUAACCACUAUCACUAUAAAGUUCAUCAGUGGACAUCCAAAUAGGGGGAGGCCAGUCCCAAAUCAACACACGUUGAUCAAUGCUUCAAGUGAUCUGUGUAAACAUAGAUGGUAUACUCUAGAAAGUAUCACCCGGGCGUGCCUUCACCGUUGGACAGGGGAGAGAAAUUAAUACUUUUACCCUCCACUAUGGACCCAGCUCACCAUACGGUGGUGGAUCGCCUGCGCUUGUACCUUGUACUGAAUUUUUACAUUUCAUUUUUCACAUAGUGACGCGCACUGAUCAUUCCAAAAUAACUAAAGUGAAGCAGAAAAGGAGAAGUUCGGGAAUUUACGGAGGACAUUACAAAGAGGCAGAAAAAAACAGCAAAUUCAGUUUCAUGAAAAAUAGAGUACAAGGC